AAACGACACCGUUCUAUCCUACCACGCACCAUCUAAUGGUACCUGCGGUCUGCGGUACUACAAGACACGGCGAACAAUCACCCAAACUAUAUCUUAAAGUUAUUCAACCUUGGCGUGAGUAGAAACUACAAAGACUUUAGAAAGUUGUUGGUUGUUGUCUUCAUGCGAACAUUUAACAAAUGUAACACAUAUUGAACCAAGAACGACCAAAAAAAUUAGUUAUCAAAAAUGAAAAUAUCUGUUUUACGAUGAGGACUGUGACAGUGCUUGUGUCUUUGUGCAUAUGUGGGUUUCAAGUAUACUGUCAAGAAGAAGAUGGCCCUUACCGCGGAAAAUAUCUGGGAAAGCUAAACUCCUACCACCAUCAAGUAUCUGGAGACAUAUAUGCAGUAGAUGAUUGGACUCUGUUGUUGACGUCAUUUAGUUAUGAUGGAAACGGAGCAGAUACGUUCUUCUGGGCAGGAGCCGCCAAUAGACCAGGACCUCAAGGUUUUAUUGUUCCUGACAUGUAUGGAAAAACAAACGUUUUAGAACGAUUCUUUAACAAAGACUUCACCUUAGUCUUACCAGAUAAGAAAAAAAUCACCGACAUUAAAUGGUUCGCCAUUUACGACAUCUGGAGCCAGAAUACCUUCGGGGAUAUUUAUAUUCCCGAGGGAUUCGAACCUCCAACAGUCCAACGAGUAUCGUCGCUAAUAGGAAAGGUCAACGGGAUUACUACAGAGUCUGUUGAGAUUCUCGAUGCCAAACGGAUAAAGCUCAACCAAUUUUCCUAUGACGGUAAAGCAAAGAAAGCCUAUUUCUGGGUAGGGGUAGGAGCUCAACCUGUCUCUAAAGGAUUUAAAGUCCCUGAUGAAUAUGGAUAUUUAGAUCCUUUGAGAGCAUAUAAAAAUUUAACAAUUACGUUGGAGAUACCAGGCGAUAGCACAGUAUUUGACAUCGACUGGUUUAGUAUUUUUGACCAUGAGACCAACCAAAAUCUUGCCUCGAUUAUUAUUCCUGAAGCAUUAAAUGUGCCACCAUCUCUAAUAAAAAUUAUACCUCACAAGAAUGAUUUGCCCAAUUGUCUUCAGCUCCAUAAAGACCUUCAGGUGUCUUGGGAAGUUUUCGGGCCUGCAAUAACAAUUCAGUUAGCUGGUCAAGUAGAAGAACAGGAGUAUAUGUCGUUUGGAAUCUCAGGAGCGGCUGAUAAAAGCCAAAUGAUUGGAGCUGAUGUAGCAGUUGCUUACAUUGAUGGAUUCAGAGGGUUUGCUACGGACUACAAUAUAACAGCUUUAACACCAUGUGUAAAAGUAUUAGGCCAAUAUAAAGGAGUAUGCAAGGAUGAAAUGGUAGGAGGACAGGAUAGCAACCAAAUGAAUACGGCAGCGAGGGAAAAUGGUAUUAGCAUAAUAACUUACAGAAGAUCCUUAAUUUCACCUGAUCCUGGAGAUAAAGAGUUUCCAGCAGAGGGUUCCAUAUACGCCGUAUGGGGGGUAGGAAAACUAGACGAAAUGAAAGAACCUGCUUUUCAUGAUCUCUACUCAAAGACUGAUAUAAAAAUGGAGAUGACACCGAAAGAACCUCAGAAUAACUGCGUCUCUUUUACGAGAUCGAAACCUGAACCCAAAGAACCUUGGAAGAAAGGUCAAAUAUUCGAUAAAACUAUAAGGAUAUUUAAGUCUUAUAUUGGUCCAUCAGGGGCCAAAAGGGGAUACCAAGCCAUUACCGGCCACUCAUCCACAGCUUUAGCAUGGUACAUAAACGGUUUCCUCAGCCCUGAGAUAUGGCUACGACGAGGUCUUUCAUAUGCAUUUAAAGUAUAUGGAGGAAACAAUCCACACAGUGCUGAAUAUUAUCAUCCAUUGAUAAUAACAGAUGAACCCCACGGAGGUUUUGAUAGACUUACUGACGAUGCUCAGUCUAAAAUAAGAGUCUUGGCUGGUGUUGAAUAUUCUAGAAGGGGAAGACCUAGACCAACUACAUCUGGUGUCCUUUGUCUAUCAGAACACAAAGAAGGAAAAGACAGAAGACUCGAUGAUGACUUCGAAACGUUCAAAAAAUUCAACAAAUCUUUGAUGUACCACUGCGAAACUGGAGAUCCGGGCGUUUUGGAGUUUACUCCCAACACUUCUUGGCCCGAUAUCGUAUACUACAACUCCUUCACCCAAGCCAACAUGGGCUGGAAAAUUCGAAUAGUAGACAGCUUCAAUCAGAGGUCUUCUGCUCAAUCAUGGACAAUGCUGUCGAGUAACUUUUAUGUUCUGUAUUUAGUUACUGGCGUAUAUGUUCUAUUUACUAUGUGAUUAAAGUAUUAAAAUACAAUUUAUUUAUAAAA